GGCUCCGAGGCGACUCAAGAUCGCAAGAGGCGCGUCUCUCCUAAAACCCUGUAGCGGGGGCUGCAGUUGGCAGCUGUAGCCGAGGCCGCGAGAGAAGCUCCUCACCUGGGGCCGGCGGCGGCCCAGCUCGGAGGGAGGACGCGGUGGCGGCUGGGGUGGCGGUGGGACCCGCAGCCCGGGGUCGCGGCUGCAGAGCCCAGAGCGUGGGAGGAGACAGCGCUCAUACGCCUGCGGCAGCUGAGGCUUAGGCUUCUGCCUUCAGCCCCCACUCCCGCCUCUCGCCCCAGAAAUGAGCUGGAGCAUCGCCGGUUUGAUUCCAGAGCCCGGAUCGGUAAGCAGAGCAGACCUCAGCAGCGGCAUUGUGAGGACUUAGCUGGGACCUGGAAGCGUAUCCUCCUGUGUUUUUUCUGACUCCUUGGAAAUUAAGGAAUGCAAUUCUGCCACCAUGAUGGAAGGACUGAAAAAACGCACAAGGAAGGCCUUUGGAAUACGGAAGAAAGAGAAAGACACUGACUCUACAGGCUCCCCGGAUCGAGAUGGGAUGCAGGGGAACAAAAAGGCCCAGAAGACCCAGCUUCUCCUCACCUCUUGCUUCUGGCUCAGAGCCCUCUCCUUAACUCUGUCUCAGCAGCCCAGCCCACACGAGCCACCCUACCAUAGCAAAGCAGAGUGUGCGCGGGAAGGAGGCAAGAAAGCGUCGAAAAAAAGCAAUGGGGCACCAAAUGGAUUUUAUGCAGAAAUUGAUUGGGAAAGAUAUAACUCUCCUGAGCUGGAUGAAGAAGGUUACAGCAUCAGACCUGAAGAACCAGGCUCUACCAAAGGAAAGCACUUUUAUUCUUCAAGUGAAUCCGAAGAGGAAGAAGAAUCACACAAGAAGUUCAACAUCAAAAUUAAACCAUUGCAGUCGAAGGACGUCCUUAAGAACGCUGCCACGGUAGAUGAGCUGAAGGCUUCAAUAGGCAACAUCGCGCUCUCCCCAUCACCUGUGGGUGCAAUUAAAAGGAACUUAUCCAGUGAGGAAGUCGCAAGGCCCAGGCGUUCCACCCCAACUCCAGAACUUACAAGCAAGAAGCCUCCAGAUGACACGCUGGCCCUCGCUCCUCUGUUUGGUCCACCAUUAGAAUCAGCUUUCGAUGAGCAGAAGACAGAAGUUCUUUUAGAUCAACCUGAGAUAUGGGGUUCAGGCCAACCAGUUAACCCAAGCAUGGAGUCUCCGAAGCUAGCAAGACCGUUUCCCACUGGAACGCCCCCACCUCUGCCUCCAAAAUCUGUACCGGCCACCCCACCUCGAACAGGCUCCCCAUUAACAGUGGCAACAGGAAAUGACCAGGCAGCCACAGAGGCCAAAACUGAGAAACUACCAUCCAUCAGUGACCUGGACAGCAUUUUUGGCCCGGUGCUGUCCCCCAAGUCCGUUGCCGUUAACACUGAAGAGAAGUGGGUCCAUUUCUCUGAUGCGUCCCCGGAACAUGUUACUCCAGAGUUGACUCCAAGGGAAAAGGUGGUGACCCCACCAGCCGCAUCAGACAUCCCAGCUGACUCCCCAGCUCCAGGCCCACCCGGCCCCCCAGGCUCCACAGGUCCCCCAGGGCCUCCUGGUCCUCGCAAUGUACCAUCUCCGCUCAAUUUAGAAGAAGUCCAGAAGAAAGUCGCUGAGCAGACCUUCAUUAAAGAUGAUUACUUAGAAACGCUCUCCUCUCCUAAAGAGUGUGGGUUGGGACAGAGAGCAACUCCACCUCCCCCACCACCACCCACCUACAGGACUGUGGUUUCGUCCCCCGGACCUGGCUCAGGCAGUGGUACGGGGACCACCAGUGGUGCAUCGUCUCCUGCGCGGCCAGCCACCCCCUUAGUUCCCUGCAGUACCACUCCACCUCCGCCUCCUCCCCGGCCUCCAUCCCGGCCAAAGCUACCGCCAGGAAAACCUGGAGUCGGCGAUGUGGCCAGACCCUUUAGCCCACCCAUCCACUCUUCCAGUCCUCCUCCGAUAGCUCCUUUAGCCCGGGCUGAGAGCACUUCUUCAAUAUCGUCCACCAAUUCAUUGAGCGCAGCUACCACUCCCACCGUUGAGAAUGAACAGCCUUCCCUCGUUUGGUUUGACAGAGGAAAGUUUUAUUUGACUUUUGAAGGUUCUUCCAGGGGACCCAGUCCUCUGACUAUGGGGGCUCAGGACACCCUCCCAGUUGCUGCAGCGUUCACAGAAACCGUCAACGCCUACUUCAAAGGAGCAGACCCGAGCAAGUGCAUUGUCAAGAUUACGGGAGAGAUGGUCUUGUCCUUCCCCGCCGGCAUCACCAGACACUUUGCCAACAACCCAUCCCCAGCCGCUCUGACUUUUCGGGUGAUAAAUUCCAGCAGGUUAGAGCACGUCCUGCCGAACCCCCAACUUCUCUGCUGUGAUAAUACACAAAAUGAUGCCAAUACCAAGGAAUUCUGGGUAAACAUGCCAAAUUUGAUGACUCACCUAAAGAAAGUCUCUGAACAAAAGCCCCAGGCUACAUAUUAUAAUGUGGACAUGCUCAAAUAUCAGGUGUCUGCCCAGGGCAUUCAGUCCACACCUCUGAACUUGGCAGUGAACUGGCGAUGUGAGCCUGCGAGUACUGACCUGCGCAUAGAUUAUAAAUACAACACGGAUGCCAUGACCACCGCAGUGGCCCUUAACAACGUGCAGUUCCUGGUCCCCAUAGACGGAGGAGUGACCAAGCUCCAGGCUGUGCUUCCUCCAGCGGUCUGGAAUGCUGAGCAACAAAGAAUAUUAUGGAAAAUUCCUGAUAUCUCCCAGAAGUCAGAAAAUGGAGGCGUAGGUUCUCUACUGGCAAGAUUUCAGUUAUCCGAAGGCCCAAGCAAACCUUCCCCGUUGGUUGUGCAGUUCACAAGUGAAGGAAGCACACUGUCUGGCUGUGACAUCGAGCUUGUUGGAGCAGGGUACCGGUUUUCACUCAUCAAGAAGAGGUUUGCAGCAGGAAAAUACUUGGCAGAUAACUAAUAAAAUCUCAUGCAAGGACUUGGAAGACCCAUGUCCUGGAGAACUGUUGUUUGAGAGACGGGUUUUAAUCUGGUUUGAUGAAAACCAACCGAUAUCUAUACUUGGGGUCCAGCAACUGGAAGGUCCUGGCUUUCAGCAGUGAUUUCCCACACACAGUCCUAUGAUGAUCAGUUCUACAGUAUUUACUUCUAGGUGUAAUAUUGUUAAUGGUUUUAAAAUGUAAUUAUUGUAUUUGUAAACUGUACCUUCAUUCCAGUCAGGCACUUAGAUACUUGAGUUUUAGUAUUUUCCAUUCCUGAAGCGGAUGUAAUUUAAAUUGUGGUAUGUACAUUUAAUAGUAGUCCUGUGGAACGGCACAGUGCUUACAGAGAUAGAGUGCAUUUUGUCAAUAUAUAAAAUUUAAAUAUAAUGUUGAUAGUUAUCAUAAAGGGGAUGCCACACAUCAAGAACCUUAAAUGGAACCAGAAAAAAAAAAAAACUUACUUUUCUUCACUCCUUACUAUGUUUUCCUCUAGUGCUAAAGAAAACUUCUAGCUUCAGUUUAGUGGGUUAAACUCAGAAACUAUUUCAGAAAAAAAAAAUUCUAAAGUUAACAGCAUAUUCAAAGAGAAGCAUUAAUUACCACUUUUUAAAAAGCUUUUUUUUCAAACUGCAAAUUUCAUAAAAAUGCAAACUGUGUAAACAGGGCCUCUUAUUUUUAUAACUUGUGUAAAAAGGGAAAAGCAAUUCAUAUUUAAAGUUUAAGUAUAUUAAAUUCUAUCCAAGAGUGCAGAGGAUGUUGGAAUUUUACCUGACCCCAUGCCCCCGUCUCUGCAGUUUAGCAAACGUGGAGAUUGCUAAACCAUCAGAUUAAAGCCAACAUAAUUUUUAAAGUUUCAAGACUUUCUGUAGCUGAACUGGUUAAUACUUUUGCACAAUUGCUCAGAGCAGAAGGGCUUAUCUCUUCCAGCAUCCAAGAGUACCCCGUUCCUUCUUUACUCAUAAGAAUCAAAACAUUGAGAGUAUGGACCUUAGAGGGAAAAAAAAAAAGUUGCCUGUUUUGAUCCAAAAAGAGAGUUUUAAACUUAUCAUUUACAUCUUUGGGGAAGGAAGAAAUAAGCUUUAUAAAUGAAAUUCUAUUAAUCUUGUUGUCCUAUGAAUACUUUUGAAUGAUUUUAAUAUUCAUUGUAUAAAACUAUGAAUCUUUGCUGUUCUUGGGGAAUGGGAAGCACCAGGCAGUUGCCUUGAAGCUCCGUAAAUACCACAGUUCUGGGACUGAGGUGAGAGGUGUGCCCCCACAGGACGUGAUCGGAGCAUUGUCCUGGGAGGUCUAAAGAUUAAGUCUUCCAGGAGCUGCAAGUUAUUUCAACAGAACAGUUCCUGUUCCAGGCUAUCCUGCAAUUGAGUUGGGGUGUGUAACAUUCACUGCUGAAUUUCAUUUUGUAUUCACUCAAAUUUGACAAAGAUCUUCAGCUCCCUUCAAUUCUAAAAUCAGAUUAAAUUUUUUAAGUCUUACUUCAACCAUGAAAUUUCAAUUGGCAGCUGUUUCUGGCGAGCUUCGUAGAUUAAUCUAUGUUCUCUUCAUUCAAUGCUUGCUACCAGAAGAAUGUCCAGUUUGAGAUGCUCCAUUUUACCUGGGAAUAAUUCAACUAUUUAAAAAAAAAAAAAAAAAAAAAGGCUCUUCCCCAAAGCAGUCUGGCUUUGAAGGUUUGGGUUUUUUGUCUUAUUUUUUUUUUUUGAACAAACUAAUUUGUUCACAGUAAGUUUGGUUUUGAAACAAAAAUAGAGAAAUAAAAUGUAAAACUUAAAUCUUAUGGAACAUGGGGAAAUGAAAAUUUAAGCCAAUGAAGAGUAAGGAGCAGGAAAAUGAAACCUAUCUACAAUGUGAUUAUAAAAUGUUUUUAAGUAGUCAGUUCAUGGAAAAACAUUGAAUAUUAACAAGAAAGCAUAUUAAAAUGUGUAAAUAUUACUGUUUCUCAUGUCUUUCUCUUUAUAUCUUACUUUACAUCGCUUUAGGAUGAAUUGUUCCUUAAAUACAUGAUGUUUCUUCCCAAAGAAUAAUUUUAUGGAUAUCGUAAAAAUAUAUUUAAAAGAUAGAGAUUUGAAUAGUCUCUAACAUUAUUCAAAUGUUUCCAGGAAUCAAAUUCAAAACUGUGAAGAAAUCCUGUAAUCCCUUAAUUGACUUUGGCAAAAUGGAAUGGCAGUUGGUGAUCUCAAAAUUAAGACUUGAAUAUUCAGAGCUUCAGUGGGGUUUCUUCCAGUUCAGAAACUGGGUCAAGUAGCCUAUGCCCACACCAGAAAUGGACUGGUGUUCCAACUGGUUUUAAUCUUGCAGGCUUUCAUCUCCUGUCAGAACUGUAUCUGCAGCACUGUGGGAUAAGAAUUCAUGUUCUGAGAUGGGGUCCUCAUCAAGGCAAGGUUUCAGUUAACAAUAUCCAUGGAGUCAGAUUUCCUUCUGUCCAAAGAAAGUGGGUUAGCGGGUAGCAGAUGAUUUGCAGGACAGUGAGCUGAAUUAAGAGCAAGUUCUGGUUAGCCACAGAGCUGUUUCCUAAAAGCUCUUGUUCUUAAGCUAAUAAGAAGUGUAAAUGUUUUAUUUUGGCCACGUAGAAAGUCUGUUUUCCUCUUCAAAGAAAUCCCCUAUUUUUAUGAAAUUUUAAAAAAUAAAUUCUUGUUUACAUUAGUCUGAUUUUUAUCAUAAUUGGCCUUGCAAGUACUAAUCUAAAACUCUGUGUGAUAUACCCACGGCUCAAAUGACCAUUCCCUGUGUGAUAUUUGGGACACAGUUUACCUCUAAAGAAAGGCUGUCCAUGAGCAGAGGGUUCCAAGUGACAGGAAGGUCAAAGGGAGACAGUAGUGCUUUUUGCUGUUCUGUAAACUUCUUCUCACUCCCGGUCUGCAAAGCCUGAGAGCCGUAGCUACGCACAUUUCCACUUUGAAGUCUCCUUCUGGAGGGAGUCCCUGCCCCCCACCCCCUUCUCACCUGUAGUGUGCGAAGGGAUCCGUAGGUCGCUUUCAAGCUUUUCGUAAUGAAACUUUUAUUUUUCUAAUAAGACUGUGCCUGAAAUCCUAGAAAGCAGAAUGUUGCCAAGUAUUGAGGGGCUCCCCUCCAGACACUGAAAUAUAGAGUCACAAUACCUAAAGGGCUCCAAAGUACCUUCCGACUCUAGGGACUGGACGUUCCGCUCGCUUUACCCGCCUUUCAAGAAAUAAGAACGUGGGGCUGGAGAGAUGGCUCAGCGGUUAAGAGCAUUGCCUGCUCUUCCAAAGGACCUGAGUUCAAUUCCCAGCAACCACAUGGUGGCUCACAACCAUCUGUAAUGGGGUCUGGUGCCCUCUUCUGGCCUGCAGGCAUACUCAUAGAAAGAAUAUUGUAUCCAUAAUAAAUAAAUAAAUAUUUAAAAAAAAAAAAAAGAAAUAAGAACGUGUACAUUCACAGUGGUUCGUGGCCACGCAAUAAAAAUAGCUGUGAAGCGAGUGUGCAGCAGCUGCUAGUCCCUGCAGAUAAUGCUUCGUUCAACCUCUAAAUAAAAGGUCAAGAUGCUUUUCAAUCCUUGUUUUCCCAAUGACGGUACUGAGUUUUAGCCUGAUUAAUUUCCCCAGGGCGACAUCACAGUACCCAAAGAAUCCCAGCUGUCCUAAGCCACAGAAUGAGUACCUUGCUGUUUCUUUUGGUUAAUUUUGGGGGAAUAAUCGAGUUGGAUGUCAAAAUAAAAGGCACUGUGAAAAGUUUGCAUUGAAAGGAUUACAGGUGGGCCUGAUAAGAUGUUAUUUUAAGAGAACUGAUGUCUCUCGAAGGAUGCUAUGUGGGACCCCUUACUCCCAAACAGUAGUAGAGUAAUGAUUUCAAUUGGGGCCCUAUCUCAGAACCUAGACAGACUGCAAAUGAAUACCAGCAAGUCUUUAUAAAUCUCUAGGGAUGGUACUUGGGGAUAUGUUUAUUGAUAAGGAUCCAAAAUCUGAGCAUCAUGACCCUGAUAGAUCUCUAAGGCCCUAUUUACUGCUCACAUAAUAGCAGACUUAAAUAUUAAUUUCAAAGGUAAAUGCCAUUUUUUCUAGUGUUUUCCCUCAGUUCAGUCUAAUAAUAGCUACUAGGGACUCUGGAGCGCUGGCCUGGAAACUGACAUUAUUUCAUAGACUCUUGGCUUUCUAAGCACAGAUGAGCUUUUUCCAAAAAUAAUUGUAUCAAUUUUUCCUAUGUUUUGCCUUUUCUCAAAGCAAUCACAGGUUGUCAAUGAAUGUUAAAUGAUCAUAAAAUAUGCAAAUUUAGAGGUGUGUGUGUGUGUGUGUGUUAGAGCUUUCUUUUCCCCCAAAGAGGAUGCAUUUUACAAAAUCACGGUCAGUGAAAAUGUAUACAGCUUGUCAUGUAAUAUUUUCUGUUUGGCAGCUUCUAAACACCGGAAGCAAAAUUUAUAGUAAUAUGAAAGUAGGCUCAAAAUACAGCUUAGAAACUUAAUAUGCAGGAGUGUGGUGUUCUCGUGAAGCCCCUAGAUGUUCUCACUAACCAAGGAGUCAAAUUGUUGGCAUAAAUAAACAGCUCAGGCCAAGUGACACCUGAUGUUCCUCUCUACCAUGCUCAUGUAUCUCUUGAGCGUUGCUGGACCUUCCUUACUCCUUUGGCUUUCAGUUUGUGUUGUGUUGGUUUUGUUUGUUCCUUUGGCAAACAAUGGAGAAAGUCAUUCUCUCUCACUUACGAAUUAAACAUGGCUUCUCUCAUGUUUUGUGUUAAUCCAUAUAAUCAUGAGAAGCGAGACAGGCAUGAACCCUCUACAACUCUUUAUGUUAAAAAAGAAACAUAAAGAAAGCACUGACCUUUCUCACCUAUCGCUGCUCGGGGACUGUGUUAUCUUCCGCAAGGCAGAAUUACAUCGUUAGGAUCCAACUGAAGUAAAGUUCCUUUGUGAAGGACUCUCAGGUUUUGGUUAGUCAGGCUAGUCUUUCUGAUUGAUCCCAGGUUUAGUUUCUGCUUUCUAUCCUAAGCAGGCAGUGCUGCACAAAAAGAAGAGGCUUGUUGACAUGUGUCAUAAGUAUAAUAAUCUAGUCUCCAGAUUUAACUUCUGAUUUCCUUCCUUUAUUCCUGGAGCACAUUGCCUGUGCUAAAUAAAUCUUUAGCCUUGUUAGAGAAAAAAGGUUUCAGCGCAAAGCCAAUACAGACUAAAGUGACCCCUAUUGCUGUUGUAAAGAAAAAGAAGUACAGUAUGUUAGGAGUACACUCAUUGGUGUUUUCCAAACCAUGUGGCUUACACGCCCAAGCAAGCUUUCACUGCGUUGUAAAACACAUGGUCCUUUGCCACAAUCGCCACUCUUCAGAUGUGGGCAAUAACUGUCACAGUUCAUGGAACUUAGAAUGCCGCUGAACUGGGAAGAGGGUGUUAUUAUUUAUAAGGAUACCUUGAGGAACUUCAGGAAACUUUCCUUUUAAUUCUAGUUCACAGCUCCACUGGAGGACAUGUAAGUCAAAUAUUAUAAGAAGGAAGGAUAGGCCAAGCUUGUAGCUUUAAGGGAAUUUUGGCCAUUGGACAUGAAUUGUUAUCUGUGCUCGCUAGUAUCUUUCAGUGAAUUUUAACAUUAUUGUCUAAAGAACUCUUAAUCCGACAUGGAAAUAUUUUAAUUUUUUAAAGACCUGAGUCUGUGAUCAACACUUCAAGCCCCUAUUUGUUGAAAAGAUUCAAACUUCUUGAAGUAAUUAACACUAGUGAAGAAUCUUCAAUUAUAUUUGACUAAACAGCUUCAAGAAGCCAAAUCGUGUUUGAGCGAUACUGGUAGUAUUUUUACAUGAAUUUUGGAAUUCUGUGAAACCACUUUGGUUAAGACCAAGAGCAAUGUACUGCUUUCUCGGCAUAGUCAGAGGGCCAACCCUGAGUGUCGGGUUUUGUUUUGCCUUUUGCUUUUUUUUAAAACUAAUUUUCUAACAUAAAGUCAAAUUAUAAAAUGUUCCUUUAUUUAAACUUGUUCGUACUAGACAGAAAAGACAUUUACAUCUUUUGAAUGCAAUCCAGCCUUUUGUCCAUUCAGAUCUCUGUAAGUUUCCUGCUUCAUAGACUGAGUAUAUCAUCCAUAUAUGAGCAUCGUCUGACUCUUUGAGCUUCCAUUAACUUAUUGACACUUCCAUUAACUUAUUGACAUCGUUUCGGGCAAAAUGAAUGUUGAAUGUCAUUUAUUCGUCAUCACCUUAAGCUGUUUAAAAUAAUCUACCAAAUGACUAUCUCAGAAGAUCCAAAACCUGGUAUUUUUUCUUAGGAAUCCCUCGGACGACAGCUCUUAAAGUUGCAUUGAUUCCAAGGACUGGUGUUUGAUUACUGCUUUUUAAAAUGAAUAUGCAUGAAAGAUAUUGGUGCCUCUCUCUCUCUCUCUCUCUCUCUCUCUCUCUCUCUCUCUCUCUCUCUCUCUCUCCCCACACACACACCCCACCCCACCCCACCCUGCCCCUUAUCUCUGCCAAAGGAAACUUGGAAAUUGAUGUUCAGUGCUUAUUUUGGAAACCAGCAGGAGAUAUGGUGGUGACCCUCUAGUCUUACCUACCACAGAUCUACCCUGCAUGCCAGGCAGGGAUUCCUAGGGCUGAUUUCUGGCUGCUUGAACACCGGUGCGUAUCAAGUGAAAAGAUUCCUCAUUGGUUUACCACGUGUAUAGGGCAAAGCCUGUUGGUCAGUUUGAAUCAUCAUCCCCACUAAGAGGCGGUGUAAGCCAUUGGUGUUUUACUCUUCUUUAACAAUAAGAAACCAGGAAAGGCAUCACAGAGAAUUCUUGCUGUGUUUCUAACUAUGAUGCAACCCAUUCAGUCAGUGAGAAAAUGUUUAUCAAUGUGUACUUUGCCCUGGUAGUGGCCUUUAUAUCAAAUUGUCUGUGAUCCAUGUAGCAAAAGUACACUGACUCUCUUUAUAAUUCUAUACUGAAUAUAUCAUCACGCAAAACAUCUUGGACAUGAAAUAGUUACAGAAGAAACUGUGCAUUCAAAUACUCAAGGUGUAUUUUAAAUUGAGUCGACAAGUCAAUGUCUCGUCUUUUUCCCUCCCUGUUUAUUCCACCUGUGUUCCCUGACCCUUACUGCCUAAAUUACUGCAGUACAGCUCUAAUGCUUCCUGUGUGUCCAAGCCGACAAAGCAGCAGAGGCUUGCUCCCUCCGAGGACAGCUGGGAGCUCUCUCUCUACUUGGCAAGGGUGGCAGGAAUGUGGCUGGACAGAUUGAAAAUAAUCAUGAUACCAUCUUUACGUCACUCGCCUUAUGAGUUAGUAAAAGUGUGGAUAUCACUUUUUGUAACCAGUAAUUUUUAUAAAUGUUCUUUCCUUCAUAAUUCUUCCAGACACCCAUCUCACAAAAUCUUGAAUAUGAAAUUACUCAUCAUGAUGUAUUACUGCAAAUAGGGUUCCUAUUUCAAACUGCAGUUUAAUGUAAGUUGUUAUCGAAAUGUGAUUUUUUUUCCUGGAAAAUAAAUGAAAAUAAACUGACCUGUGAACCUUU